GAGUGUACAGUGUUCAAAGUUCAGAGUUUUAUGGCUCGGAGAUUGGAAUCGGAGGUUGAAGAACUCAAGAGGAACCUUCAGCGGGCUGACAUGGAGAAAAGGGAAGCAGAAGCCCAGGUGGACACGCUCCAGUACAAGUUGGCGGCAUCAUGUACAGACAACGACAACCUUCGCCACGAGAGCCAGCUCAUCGUGACUAAUCUCAAACAAUGGGUCACUGAACAAAAAAAUCUUCAGGAGGCUAAUGACACGCUGGUGGCGGAGGUGAAGCGACUGAAAGAAGUGGCGACAGGGCAGAAGAAAGAGAUGGGACAUGUCAAGGCCCACAUGAAGAACCUUUGUGCAAUUCAAGAUGAGAAAAUCCUUGAUAAGGAGACUUGCAUGGUGCUGAAUCUGACCAGACUGGCUGACAUGCAGACCAAACUGCAGCGCAACAUGGACGCCAUCAGUCUGCUAAAUCAACAGUUAAAGGCUGUCAGCAAGGAGAACAAGCACUUGCGGAGGCAGCUGGAGGAAGAGAGGUGCAUGUACACACAAGUGGAGUGCCAUCGCCCGCUUCCUCCCACCUGCGUCCACCUCCCUGCCAGUGCCCGCCCACCUCUCCUCUCCAUCACCCGUCCUUCAUCCCCUCCACCUCGCCCCUCCUCCUCCCAACCUGAAAGAAGCGACAAGGGGCACUGA